AUGGGCACGGAAGGCGGGGCGCUCAAGGUGGACACGUUCAUGCCGCUUCGCUUUGCAGCCCUCAGGUUCAAGAACCCGCAGCUCCGGCUUUGGCUGUCCGUGGGCGGAUCGGCGGAACGCAGCACCGGCUUCAGUCGCGCCGCCCUGGACGACGAGGCCAACCGGGAGUUCGUACGCUGCGCCGUCGACUGGCUCCAGGAGUUCGGCUACCAGGGCCUGCUGCUCCACUGGACUUUCCCCGAAGCCCACGAGAGGCACUUCUUGGUGCGCGUCCUCGCCCCGCUCAAGGUAGCUUUGGACAUGACGGGUCAGUCGCUGGGUGCCGUGCUUCCGCUAGACGACACGCUGCGCUCACGCUUUGACGCCGAGGCCGUCACGGAACUGCUCGACCAACGUUCCGUACUGAUCAUCCCCGAAGAAACCAGGGACAGGUCCUUCAACCGGACAUUCCUGCCCUACUCAAAGGAGGUGCUCGAGCAGUACGCGCGAGCGUCUCUCGACCUCGGUUCCUCGCACGAGUCAUGCUACCUGGUGUCUCUGAGUGGGACCUCCCUGGCGCUGCGCAACAGCGACCACUGGGACGUCGGGGACGCCGCGGAGGGCCCCGGGGUCAUCGGAGGCGCUCGUCUCGGUCAGGUGGCCUUCGACGACAUCUGCGUCCGACACUGGAUAGGAUCUAAGGUGAAGAAGUACGGGGUGAUCUCUCGGCGCGGAAGCCAGUGGGUGGGCUACCUGACGGAGGACACGCUCCGGGACUUCCUCUCCGACGUGGCCAUCUCCACGGGGUCCCGGGGCUGCCUGGGCGUCGCGGACCCGGAAUGGGACGACUUCUCGGGCGUCUGCCAACCGGGCAGCCCUUACCCGCUCACCAAGGUCGUCAGCGACGCGGCCCUCACUAUCAAGGUACACCGAGCCGCCGAGCCCUAUUGCGACAGUCUUCUACGAGCUUGA